AUGCAUGUGACCCGUUGCUCUCUUUCCCCUUUUCUCUUGCAUUUCUCAGGAAUGUGUUCUUUGUUGGCGGCAGGGGAUGCAACAAUCCGCCUUCUCUCGAGGCGGCAGCGGACAAUACACGGCAUCUCCGUGCCGAUCUUUACCUCCACACGGCGGUACGUGAAUGCACUUUACCGGGCUCCUCCCGUACAGACGGUCCCAACGCACAAUUCAGGUGGAGAAGAGGUUGACACAGAGUUGUUUAUUCGCCAGUUCAAGGAACUUUUUUAUUCGCUGAAGCAGACUCAGCUUGUGGAACAAAUUCAUGAGAUGCGAACUUGUCCGUAUUAUGAAUGCCUCUUCACUGCAGAUCUUAUUUUUCAACACUACGAUAUUGUUUUGCCGAUGCCCAAGUACGGCAGGGAACACCGCAGUUCAGAAAUCAGCGAGACACUUCGGUAUUUACGAGCCUGUGGAGCCUCGGGUGAUUUUAACCACAUACUGCAGGACGUGAAGGGUGGGGCUGCGAGUGGUGGAGACUUUGUGUCAACAUCUCAUGGCAUUCUCAUGGCAUAUGGCACUGCACGGACAAACAAACUUUCAAUGAUGGCUCUCACAGGGGGUGGUGCUGCAGAUGAGGCGGCCGCUCUGCAGCAACGUGCACUAAACGUGGUGCCCAUUGAGGUUUCACCGGAUGCUCCACCACUUGCAGAUUUAUUGGCCUUUGCCGGCAAACGCACACUUAUCGUACAGGACACGGUUCAUGGCCGUCAUGCGGCAGAGGCGGCCGCAAUUAGCAUUCCAAAAAUCCCGUGGCAAAUAUUACGUGUGGAGCCUGGAUGUAGUUUCCUUUCCCAUCUCUGUGGUGUGAACGCGGUGUAUGAUGUGCUGGUGGAUCAGGACUACCCGAAUUCUAUGGAGCGCAUAGGCGAGGCCGGCUUGAACCCGUUUCCGGUGGAGUGGACAGAACCUCGAAAACUUGGAAUUACCAUGCGCAGUGUGUGCCUUAUCGCCCGCUUUGCUCGCGGGACCAUGAGUGCUGGCGGUUAUGCGGACAGCGAUGGUCACCGUGCGGCGUCGUUCACUUAUCACUCCCGCGGUAUAGCGAAGAACAGCCGUCUCUUUCAAAACGGUCACCGCCGCCAUGGCGAUAACGGGGCGCCACUGGAGGCGCAGCUGCGAUCAGGUGAAUUGCCUGAACCCGUCUACCAGCGUCCACCGCGAUACGCGCCGCCCAUGCAUCGCCGCGGCGGUCUUAUGACAUCCGAUGCGGAAGGAAAGGAAUGA